AUGGCCUCCACUACCCCGGAACCCGAAGCACCGCAGCCGCACCAUGUCGGCGAGCAUUGGAGCGGGGCCAAUCCCAUUCCGACGGUGCAGAAGUACAUCGAGCAUCUCGAUGCCAACAAAAAAGACCGAGACCGGAAGAUUGACGAGGACAACCGAGCUAGGGGACAACGAGCCAAGCAGGACAAAGCGCAGGGCAAAGAUGGCGGCGAAGUGAUGGAGCAUCAGCCGCGCAAGGCUCCCAAAGGAGAGACGCACACAGUCACAGAUCCAAUUACCGGCAAAGAUAUCGGCGUACAGGAUCUAGACGAGACCGCCAUGGAAUCGGUCAAGGAUCCCAAGCUGACAGUCCCCAAUGCCAACCUGGGGCGACCGACAGAGCAUAGGACCAGCGCGGAUCAGGAUCUGGCCAAGUAUAAAGAAGAGCAGGAUAUCACCGCGCCGCCUGAUCCCAUUGCAGAGGGCACAACGUCGGAUCUCCCCAUUCGUGGCGAGAAGACAAAUAUCCUCUUCCACCCCACGCCGACAAUCUCAUUCAAACCAAUGUUUGAUCAAUUGGAAACGCGCGCCACGGCUCUGUGCAUUAUCAUUCCGUUCGCGAUCAUCGUUCUCGGUCGAUUCUUCGGCGGCUCGCUUUGGGGUCUUAUCCCGCUGGCAGCAUGUAUUGCAUCGGGCGUGUGGUUGUGGGUAAGAGAGGUCAUCCGGAGUGGUCGAGAAAUGGAGUGGAGCAGCGAGCAGCUUCGUGGGCAGAUGGCCACCGCCAACCUCCUGCCCGAAUCCGUCGAGUGGAUGAACAGUUUCCUUGCUGUCGUUUGGGGACUAGUCAAUCCUGAGAUGCUGAGUCCUGUGGCUGACACCAUCGAAGACAUCAUGCAGGCCUCGGCCCCCAGUGUGGUUGAGAAUGUUCGCAUUGCUGAAAUUGACCAAGGAAGCAACCCAUUCCGGAUUCUCAGCAUGCGUUCUCUUCCGGACAACCAUGUAGACCACAUGAAGAAUAAUAUCCGCGAACAGAACUUGAAGAACAAAGAUCCCCAGGAAGCAGCCGCCGCCGAGGAAGGAGGUGACUAUUACAACAUGGAAGCCGCAUUCGCCUACCAUGCAAAGCCUACUGGUCAGUCUGCCUCGUCCAAGGCACGCAACAUGCACAUGCAGCUGGUUUUCUAUCUGGGUGUCCGAGGACUGUUCGGCGUGCCUUUCCCUGUGUUCGUCGAGUUGAUUGAGCUGGUCGGCACCGUCCGCCUGCGAUUUCAGUUGAUGCCCGAGCCACCGUUUAUGAAGGAAGUUACUUUCAGCUUGGUCGGUGUCCCACAUGUGCGUGCAGGCUGUAUGCCCAUGGUUCGAAAGGGAGUUAAUAUCCUCAAUCUGCCAUUGAUCUCGAAUUUCGUCAACUAUUCCAUCGCUACGGCAUGUGCUAUGUUUGCAGCUCCCAAGUCCAUGACAAUGGAUCUUUCUAUGAUGCUCAAGGGCGACGACAUUCACAAGGAUACUCUGGCAUUGGGUGUGAUGUGGGUUCGCAUCCACCGUGCAGUCGGCUUGAGCAAACAGGACAAAAGGGGUAGUGAAGGCGGCGGCAGUGACCCGUACAUCAACCUGUCCUUCUCGAAAUACGGGAAGCCCAUGUACUGCACGCGCGUGAUCACCGACGACCUGAAUCCGAUCUGGGAGGAGACUGCUGCGCUACUCGUGACGCCGGAGUUGAUCAAGGCAAACGAGAACCUCAGCGUCGAGCUUUGGGACUCGGACCGGAACUCUGCCGAUGACAUUGUUGGCAAAGUCGAGCUGCCAAUCCGGGAAAUGCUCCAGCAUCCCAGUCGUAUGUUCCCCCAGGUGUCUAAGCUGCAGGGCAUGGAUGAAGGCAGCGAGAUGCCAGGCCAGCUGCACUGGGAGGUUGGAUAUUUCGGCAAACCGAAACUUCGUCCGGAGCUGCGAACCGAUGGGAAGAACAAGGAUCUGCCUGAGAAUAUGAAGGGUGAUCCGACCUUUGAGGAUGAGAAGGGGACGAUCACCAACGAAGAAGAGGACGCCGUCAUGCACACACCCCCGGACCCCCUCUGGCCCAGUGGCAUUCUCCACAUCGUGGUACAUCAGAUUGUCAAUCUCCAGCUGGCAAAUAUCAAUGGCAGCGAUGGAAACCGCAAGGGCAAGGAGUACGAGCCCGCUAAGCCGUUUGGCGAGAAUACCGAGGAAGAGGGCGGGAAUCUUCCAACGAGCUACUGCCAGGUAAUGCUGAAUGAUCAAUUGAUCUACCGUACCCGCGCCAAGGCAGUGAGCUCCAAGCCGAUGUUUAAUACAGGAACCGAGCGGUUCGUCCGCGACUGGAGGUCAGCCGUCGUAACGAUCACCGUGCGUGACCAGCGCCAUCGCGAGCACGACCCCAUCCUCGGCGUGAUCCCACUGAAGCUGUCCGAUAUCUUCCAGACCAGCUCGCAAGUGACGCGGUGGUAUCCCCUUGACGGAGGGAUUGGAUUCGGACGAAUGCGCAUCUCGCUUCUCUACCGUCACGUCGAGACCAAACUGCCGCCCAAUAUGCUGGGUUGGGACGUCGGGACUUUCGAGUUUUCUUCCCACAAGGUCGUCGCGAAGGACUACGGCCACAUCGCCAAGAUCAAGAUGCGUACCGGCGGCAGCGUCGGCAAGAUCACCCGGCACGUCUGCCAUAUGGACGGCAACGAUGCGGUCUACGAUACUUCUGACGUGAGCUUCCGCGACUCGCUGCGCAUGCCUGUCAAACACCGAUACCGUUCCCCCGUGGUAUUCGAGAUCCAUCUUUCCGGAAAACGCGGCGCAGCCGCAUAUGCCAUCCUGUGGCUGCAGCAUCUAACCGACAACGAAGACACAGACAUCGACAUCCCCAUCUGGACCACCAAGAAAGGCUCCCGCCUGACGCAGAACUACGUGACGGAAGCAAAUUGGCGCGCCAAGGAAGUGCCUGGCCUAGAAGACCUAAAAGAAGUCGGGCGUCUGCAGUUCCGGUGCCGCUUCUCGCCAGGCAUUGACGAAUCGCACGAACGCUUCGUAGUCGACAACGACUCGCGCGAGACAUUCGAGACCUGGGAAGCGUGCAUGUCGCAGGGCGUGCGGUCGCGCAGCGUCUCCAUUGACAUUCCAGCAGAAGUCCGGGCGAAGCACGAGCAGUCCCUAAUCGAAAACCGCGACGUGCUGAAACAAGCGGACCCCGCCGAGCGCCGCCGCUGGGUCGACCGCGAAGGCCAGGAUUGGAGCGGCGCGUUUGGCCAAGACCCGCGCGCGUACACAGACUCCGCUGGCCGCAAAGUCGCAGAACCAGGCCGGGACGCUCCGCGGCAUGACCCAGUCACUCCACCACCGCUGAAGGGCCAGCCCUCGCAGAUGGAGAACGGGACGGGCGAGGACCGCGCGCGGGAGACCGGCGAUGAUACCCUUGUCGGCGAGUCGGAGGAAGCGGAGCGGAUAUCUCUGUCCUCGGAAAAUAGCAGUUAUAAUGGUCCAUCGACUAUCAGCGGGAGGAGCAUUGGUGGUGCGACGGCGUCGUCAUCUCAGGCUAGCGCUAGAAGCCCAAAAGACAUCAACAAGGCGAAUAAGCGCAGCGAGCAGAGACAGGAGCGUGGGCUGAUGCAGUGGAAACCGGCCAGGAAUGCGCUCUUCGCAAAGGAUGAGGCUAAGUUCGCGCUGGCGAAGCUUAAGAAGAAGGUAGGGGCGGGUGGUUUGACGGGGAGGGAGCCAGAUGUCGAAACGGAGACUUAG